GAAACUUUAUACUUUUGUAACAACAGAUAUAAUGAUAUGAUGUGAGAUGAGAAUAUAAAUUUAUGCAACUUUCAAUUUUCUUGAUACAUUGAGCUGGUGCCAUUGAGAAGGGAACUGGAUCCCCUUGGAAAUUCUUAGUGAAACAGUGUGGAAUUAUUAAGGCGAACCAUCAGGCUGUAAUUAUUUACGUUUUAAUAAACAGGGACCCUAAUCUGCAGUGUAAUAAUUCUAAACACUUCCCCUGUUAUUGCCAGCACGUGAAACCCGAGUUUUACCAAGUCUCUCACUGCAAAAGUUUUUGAUGAAAAGAUUUUUUUGUGGCAGAUUUUUUUUUAAACGGAAUUUUGAGAGGAUCUUUAUCAUAUGGGAGUUUUCCUGUUGAAUUCAAGAUUUUGUACAUAUGUACAGUAAUAUAUCUUAUCAUUCAGAAGUCUGCAAUAAAGUGCUUGAUAAAAGUGAUAUUUUUCCCCGUGAGGAGAGAAAGGAACUAUUAAGGAUUAACGUAUAACAAUGUCUCAGAGCUACUUGGUUUUACAAAAUCAAGGCAGUGAGAUUGGGGAUGAGGUAAGUGUUGAAUUUGUCUUUCUAAAAUUCUCAGAUUAGCCUUGGAAGUGUGUUAUGAAUGAGUCUUAAAAGAGUUUGGAAGUCAAUAUAAGAUAAAACAGUCAACUGAUCUACAUCUGAGAUGCUGGAAAAAUUUCCAUAGAUUGGGAUUUUUGUGUUAAGUGGCAGUAACCACAAAUUAUAAACACCUAGGAGUGUUGCAUGGUUAAUUAUGUAAAAUAUGUUUACCUUCGCACAGUGUCAAAUUCCGAUAUAGGUGGCGGUUACUAAUGUUGUCUGCUGUCUCUUAAUUAUGCUGAAAUCGGUAAUCACUGUACAUUUGAUUUGUAUUUCAUGGAGAGAGAAAUAUUAAGUGAUAAAAUAUUGUACUUGAAACAGCUACAAUUCAGUUUUUGGUAGGAUAGAUUUUGAUGAAAUUUACAGUAGUUUGAUAAUAUUUCAAGCCAAUUCAAGGUUCCAUUUAUAUACAUGUACUGUCCAUAGUUUAAAUAUGUAUCGGGUAUAUAGACUUCUUUAGGGUAUCAGUGGAAUUUAGGAGGUGGUACUGAAUAUUCCUUAUUUCACAUAUUUUAAAGUACUUGUUAAUGCAAGAUAAACCAUGUAUAAAUAGAUGUUAAAUGGAGAGUGGACUUUUGUACAUGUAUUCAAUAAAUAUUAAAAUAAGAGUUAUUUAAUUUCUUGAGUGGUGCUUCUCACUGAAAUUCCUCAUAUAUUGAGCUAUAUAGGAGUCUAGAGUAUAGGGUGAUGGUACUGUCAUAAUUCAGGUAUCUUAACUUUUAUAGUUUCAGAGUCAAAGGUGAUCAAAUGGUGAAAGUCACCAACAGUUGUUUAAAGAUAUAGCUGCAAGCUGUUUGAUAUGAUCUGAUUCAUUUUUUGUUGGAAAUUUCAUUGUAAAUUAAUUAUCUCAAACAAAAUAGUUUAUACAUAUUUGGCCAAGUCAGUAUAGUAAUUCAAUUUAUAGGACAUAUAAGGAUAUGUUAUUAGACCAAUUCAACGUAAUUAGUAGAUUAUCAUCCAGGGUAACCAAAAAGUAUGGGGCGGGUGGGAGGAUUUUAUUUUUUAUGAGAAAAAUAUUAAUGACAAACGAGUUUUUGUCAACAGAAGUGCAUCAUUUAAUGCCAGAUGGACAUCAAUCUAUGCUUAUUUCACAGACGAAUUCCAUGUUAAGCUCUAAUUUCAAACACAGAAAGAUACCAAACUUCUUCAAGAUAUGAAGAACAUUAAUCCCUUCCUUUUAUUUACACCCAUAAAAAUGUGAGAAAUUAAGAAAACAAUAUGUUCUAUUUUCUUCAUGUUGCUAUACUGUAAAUGUAAACAAGAAGUGUAAAUAAUGGAGUCGAACAUGAAAAUUUUCCGGAAAUCGCAAGUUCCACAAAAUAAAAAAAAAUCCGGGUGGGUCGAUUUUUGAGGGGCGGGCGGGGAUGAUAAUCUAUCAAUUAAGUUGAAUUGGCCUUAUGACCAUGAUAAAAGAUUUUGGAACAUGAUCUGUUAACAAAACAUAAUUUAGGACCUAGCUAUAUACCUAGGCCUAUAAAGUUAAUUGUAUAUUGUUUAUCGUCCAGCUAGAGAAUUUUUAAUCAUAUGGAGACAUCAUCAUUGUUGAUGAAGGGCUUAAAAUUUUAGCCUAUAUGCUUGGUGCUUUUGGCCUUUGAGUAGGAAGGGAUCUUUAUUGUGCCACACCUGCUGUGACAUGGGGCCUCAGUUUUUGUGGUCUCAUCUGAAGGGGGGGGGGGGGGGGUCCCCCCCAUUUAGUCACCUCUUACGACAAGCAAGGGGUACUGAGGACCUAACCCGGAUCCCCAUGGGACAACCCUGUAAAGUAUUGACCUAGACUUUUCACAUGAUCUUGUAUGAUUAGUGUAUACAUAAUCUAUUUAGGAUGGCUAUAUGGCAAAGUUUGUCUCUACCCUAUCAAGUGAACAAGAUUGUUUCUCUCAUCUUGUACAGCUCACAGUAUAAGAUUUUAAGAAAGACCUGAGGUCACUGUGGAUCUAAGAUGCUAGUCUUUGUAGAAGUAAUUGGGAGAAAACCUCCAAACAUUCUUGUUACUCUUAUCAACUCGAUGUUCUUUCUGUGAUGUUAGUGUUAGUUGCUAACUGUAAAAAUUGUACCUAUAGUGUUUGUACACAGAUCAAUUCUAUCAAUAUUUUAUAAUACACUAUCAUAGCCAAUAUAUUUCAGUUGUGCACUGUAUACUUUAACCAUGCUUAGCUAUUGCACUAUCAAUCAGAAUUCUGAGUGGAAUAUGCAGAGUAUAGUGUUAAACAUCCCUAUGGAGAUCUAUAUAGACAUAAUUUGCUCAUCCUCAUUUCUGAAACAAUUUUUCUUGCAAGAGACCCCUUCAAGAUUUCUCCUUUUUUUUCUUUCUUUCCUUUUUUUCUACCAAAAAUAGCAUUUACCUUCUGUUUAUAAAAAGUUCAAACUAUCAUCUUGUGAGGGCAUUCAUAUUGCAAGAAAUUCCUGUGAAAUGAAAAUUGUUUUUAAGCCAGAUUUUGGCAAUACUGACCUAUGUGUAUUAUUUAGUUUUAAGAGUGUGUAAGGUAUUGUGGGUUCAGUGCACUUUGCUUCGCCCCCACAAUACUAACCCAGGUGAGCAUUGUUUUUCAGUCUUAUAAUUAUCAUAGCAGAUCUGCAUCAAUUCUCAUUCAUGCAGUUGAUAUAAGUUUGCAAUCUAGUCAAUUCCCAUCAUAAUCGAUUACAAGCAUGUAUAAACAGAGGAUUAAUUUAUUAGAGAGAAUAUUUAUGAAGUAAAAUUGAUGCAGAAAUGUUAAAGAUGGACAUGUUCAAAAUAUCUGCUUAUUGAGACUAACUCCUGCGCAGUGUCUGUGUGAGCUAUGACAUAAUGCUCAUGUACAAAGACUACCCAGUCUUAUAUUACAUUUGCAAUUAAAUGCAUGUCUUAUCAUUUAUAUGUGGUUUUUAGGUCACCUGAGUAAACUCAGGUGACCUAUUGCAAUUGGUUUUCGUCCGCCAUGCAUUAACAAUUGAACAUUUUUAACUUCUUCUUAAUAACUACCAGUCCAAUUCUUUUCAAAUUUGGUAUGAAGCAUCAUUGGGACAAGGGGGACGUAAAUUUCUGGACUUCAGCACCCCUGGGGCCCAAGGAGUGGGGCAAAAACUGCUCCAAAAUGACAAAUUUAAAAAAAAUCUUCUUCUCAAGAACCACACACAUUUAAGAAAAACUAAAUGCAUAGUAAUGUAGAGCAGGAAAGUCUCUACCAAAAUUUUAAAUUUCAUGAUCCCCGGGGUAGGGGUUCUGACCCCAGGGCGGGGCCAAACUUGGUAUAUAGUGUUUAUGUGUAAAACACUUAAAUAACAUUUUCUUUAAUUCUAUUGAUACUAAAUUGAAAGUAAAUAGAUAUUUAGAAAGAACAGGUAGUCCUUUACCAAAAUUGUAAAUUUGAUGAUCCCAGGGGUAGGGGUUUUGGUAUCAGGGUGGGGCCAAAAUGGUCACUUAUUAAAUGUGUGAACAAUAAACAUUUUUAACUUCUUGAUAACUAUCAUUCCAAUUCUUUUCAAAUUUGGUAUGAAACAUCUUUGGAACAAAGGGAACGUAAAUUGUAAAUUUCAGGAUUCCUGCAUCCCUGGGCCUUAGGGGCAGGGCAAAAACUGCCCCAAAAUGACCAAUUUUCAAAAAUAUUCUUCUCAAGAACCACACACAUGCAAGAAAAACUAAAUGCCUAGUGAUGUAGAGCAGGAAGACCUCUACCCAAAUUGUAAAUUUCAUGAUCCCUGGGGUAGGGGUUAUGACCCCAGGGCAGGGCCUAACUUGUUUUAAUAUAUGAUUGAAUAAUUCCUAGCUCUCUAAUUGGCUGAGAUCCAACAAUGUAGAAAUCAUACUAUGUUAUGUUUACCUGCACGUGACCUUCCAGGUGAACAUAAGGAAUUAUUUCUUCCACAUAGGACCAAAAAUAGACCUUCCAGGUGAACAUAAGGAAUUAUUUUUUCCACAUAGGACCAAAAAUAGGUCGUUGAAACUUACAAUUAAAGCAAAGAACAAUCUUGAAGGGUUUUUUAAUCAUUUAAUCAUAUAAUAAUUGUAUAAUAUAGUGUUUAAAUAACAUUUUCUUUAGUGCUUUUGAUACCAAAUUGAAACUAAAUGGAUAGAGCAGGUAGUCUUUUACCAAAAUUGUACAUUUGAUUUUCCCCAGAGUAAGGGUUUUGACCCCAGGGUGGAGCCAAACUUAGUAUAUAGUAUUUAUGUGUAAGUUUGCUGAUACUGUAUCUGUAUAAAAUCUAAAUGCAUACUUAGGAAUAGCAGAAAAGGAUGUACAAAAAAUGGUGAAUUUCACAACCCAGGGUUAUGACUUAAAGAUGAGUCCAAAUUAGUCAUAUCUUUUGAUGUUUUAAUGCUAAUACACCUAUUAUUUAAAGCCUUUCAUCAGUGUAUGCACUUUUGAGGGCAUUGAAGUUUUAAGAACACAUCUUGUUUUAUACUGUUGGUGAACAUUAGAAUUUAGCUUAGAUAUUUAAAACAGGAAUUUUUUUCUAGAUUUCAUAGCCCAUGGAAGUAAUGAUACUUUUUCACUAGUAUUCAGGUGACCGAUAAGGCCUGUGGGCCUCUUGUUUUUUUUUCAAAUAUUGUUUGCAGUGUUUUCAGUAAUUGCUCGUGGAUGUCAGCACAUUUUCUAAAAAGUGGCUGUAAUUGCAUUGUAUAUAGGUAUCACCUAGAGAUGUUUGUAGCAAUAUUUAGUUUGAAAGAUUCUUGGAUCCCCCACUGUGUGAGUUUAGAAGGAACACUUGACAUUGGGUACAACAAAUGAUAAUGUUCUUCUAUUACCUCAAUUAAGUGAGUCAUAGGCCAAGAUCAUGUCUUAGGCUGGCAUACAUGAAAAGAAACAACUUUCUGCUAUCAAGGCCCCCUGUCAACAAGUUCAUUUCAUUGUUGUCACAUUUGCAUGGCAGACGACACAAGCUUUUCCUAUUUUCAUUUACUUUUGUUAAUAUUCAUGUCAUGAUGUGCCAUCUGCUGAAGAAAUGUCUUCUGCAAAAAAUAUUGAUCACAGAUUUCUAGUGGUGAUUUGGAUGUGAUCUUCCACCUUUUUGCAUGAAUGUCAAGGGUCACUGCUCAUAGACAAGCCAAAAGCUAGAUCAGGGCUACGUAAUUCAGUAACAUUUUAAUUAUAGGCAUGAAACUCAGGUGCUGAAAAUUAUUGGCUGGUUUGUUCAAGGUAAUAAAUUGUUGGACAGUGCAGGAAAUGAUUUUAGAAAACAUAGCUGACAAUAUCUGCCUGCAUGAAUUGGAUCCUAUAAGUUGUAAUGAGUUACAUUUCCCCCAUGUGACACACAGAUAAUGAGUUUGGUAUCAUUUUUGUGUUGGGUGAUAUGUCUGCCUCUCAUUAGUGCUAAUCAAAGCUUGAACAUUUGGUGGAUGAGGUGAAUGAGUAAACUUUGCUAGUUUCUGAAGGAUUUUCAUAUUCAGCCACUCUUGUGUACACUGACACAUCUGGAUUUCAUGAGAGUGAAGGAUAGCAGAGAGGAAAAACCAAAACCAAAUCAUCAAAUUAUUUCAACACAAGAUAGACUGUACCAGAGGGGCAGAGGGGCCAUGUUCUAAUGUAUACAAAGGCAUUACAUCCUGUGUGCAUGUCAGAAGGUUCACGAGUUUCCUGUUUAAAUAAGUGAAUAAUCAAACAUAAACUGGAGAAAGACUCCUGCUGCAGUGAAAGUUUUGAAAGGUAUGCUUAGAAUAAACAAAAAAUUCAUUCAAGGAGGAUUCUAAAAGUAAUGAAUUUGGGAGCUGUGUUGUUGUGAGGGGAAAGUGUGUUGUGGAUUAAAUUUCACUGAGGAAUUUCAUGCAGUUGUGCUUGCCACAUCUUAUUGAGGAAUUUUUAUUUGUGUACCAUAUAUCAUUUGGCUGCAAGGAUUUUUCACUGAUACACAGCAAAGAAGUAAUUCUUCAUCUCUGAAUUUGUGAAGCUUAUUAGAACUUAAAUUUGUAGGGGAUGUGUUAGACAGAUUAUCUUUUGUUUUUGUGGGAUAAGGUAAACAAUGUCUUCUGGUGGUAGUAACACCCAAGGAGGGAACACAGGCGGUAGAGGACCUGCCCCACCCUUACCUGAGAAACCUCCCUCUGUCGCAGAAAGAACUCGAUUGCUGAAGUCCAGUUUCAGGAAGGAUGACGUGGAGAAGCCCAAAAUAUUGGAAAAGCACAACAGUCCUAUUGUAGAAAGAGCAGCAACAGUGCCACCAUCCAAUGUGAUGACUGCUAGCACUAAUGGGGAGAAGUCCGAAACCCCCUCCCCAGCAGGUAGUGUGAACUCCAUGUCCAGUGUGGGCAGGUAUAAUGGUGAUAAGAUAGACAGCAACAAGGAGGCUUCACAGAACUACAAUGCAGCAGGUUUGAAUGCAGCCAAACGGGAGGCAUUCUUCAAAGGCAGCGAGGGCAGUGGACCAAAGUUUGACCCCUCUCAGCGUUACGACAGAGAGCGGAUUCCGCGAGAAGCACACAACGCCCACACACUGAAAGAUGCAGACGAAAGAGAAAAAGACUACAGGGAGAAGAAGUAUGGAGACAGUACCAAAGAAUUGGACGGAUAUGUUGGUUUCGCGAAUCUUCCAAACCAAGUGUACCGAAAGUCGGUCAAACGAGGAUUUGAAUUCACAUUAAUGGUUGUUGGUGAAUCAGGGCUUGGGAAGUCCACCCUCAUUAACUCUCUGUUCCUGACAGACCUGUACAGUGCUGAAUACCAAGGCCCUUCCCACAGGAUACAGAAAACUGUCAAGGUUGAAACCACACAAUGUCUCCUUAAAGAGAAUGGUGUUCAGCUAAACUUGACUGUUGUGGAUACCCCAGGGUUUGGUGAUGCAGUUGAUAAUAGUAACUGCUGGCAACCAGUGAUAGAUUUCAUAGACAGUAAAUAUGAUGAAUAUUUGAACGCAGAGUCGCGUGUGGUGCGAUCUCCCACUCCAGACACUAGGGUGCAUGCCUGUCUGUACUUCAUUGCGCCGACUGGUCACGGUCUGAAGCCCUUAGAUGUAGAGUUUAUGAAGAGACUACAUGACAAAGUGAAUAUAAUUCCACUCAUCUCAAAAGCAGACUCUCUAACUCCAGACGAAUGUAGAGAAUUUAAGAAAACUAUUCUUAAUGAAAUUGCCCAACACAAGAUUAAAAUCUAUGAAUUUCCUGAAUGUGAUGAUGAGGAAGAAAAUAAAAUGCAGAAAAAAUUACGGGACCGAGUUCCCUUUGCAGUGGUAGGCAGCAACAGAGUCAUCGAAGCUGGAGGGAAAAAACUCCGAGGAAGACAAUACCCAUGGGGCAUAGUGGAGGUUGAAAAUCUAGAGCACAAUGACUUUAUUGCCUUACGGAACAUGAUAAUCAGGACACAUAUGCAAGACUUGAAAGAUGUCACCAAUAAUGUUCAUUACGAAAAUUUCCGUUAUAAUAAAUUAGCGCCCUCCUCAACUGACGGCAACAAAAUCAAACCAGGAUCACUAUCAAAGGACCCUCUCACACAGAUGGCAGAAGAGAAGAAGGAACAUGACAACAAAAUGAAGAAGAUGGAGGCCGAGAUGGAGCAAGUUUUUGAGAUGAAAGUUCAGGAGAAACAAUCUAAACUCAAAGAAUCAGAAGCAGAUCUUCAAAGGCGGGCAGAACACAUGAAGAAGAGCUUAGAACAGCAACAAAAAGAAGUAGAAGAAAAAUGGAAAGGUUUUGAAAAGGAAAAACAGCAGUGGGAGGAUUCAGUUGGAGUCAGCAAGGGGUCACAAGAAAAUAUUAAAGAUUCAAAUAAGAAGAACAAGAAACACAUAUUUUAGCAACAAGAGCAUAAAAACUUUCAUUAAUCAUGAUCUGAAAGACAGAACCAUUUGGUCUGUGCCAUAAUUCUGGAGAAAGAAUUCCUUGCCGAUGGAGAAGUAAGGGAAUUGAUGUGGUCAUCCUAUGAGUAGUCGAGCCAGGGAACAACCCCCCAAAAGCACUGACCAAAGAACCAGUAAUGUUGGCUAUUUGCCAAAAAUAGAACUGUUUCAAAUUAAUUUUACAUUGAAUUUGUCAUUUCACUUCUUCAGUAAUACCAUGGGCUAAAAAGAUUCCAGUUUUUCUUUUCUUUUAUGAAGUGUUGUGUUUGUUUUGCCACAGCACAGUAUUACUUACGAAAAAAAACCACUUGUAACUAUUUCUGAUUACAUGUAGACCUGUUUACUGUAUGUUAUGAUUCUUGCAUGUUGUUGAUAGAAAUGCUAAUUAUUGGUGCAAUGCAAGUGCAAAACAUCUGUACUUUUGUUGUAACUUUGUGUGAUUUUUUUUUUUAAACAACUGUAAAAUUUUGCUGCUUAACAUUUUAUGUUUAUAUAGCAAUAGGCAAUGUGUAAAAAUUUGUUACAUGUUUUGUCAGAAAGUCUGUUGUCAUUUUCUCAGCUAUGAACAGUAUUUGAAGCAGUGUAUAAAAAAGACAAGAUUUGUCAAGUGCAUAGAAUCUGUUAAGUGUGGGGAGGGACCAUUGAUUUGAUAAAAUCCAAUGUUUUAAUAUGUCUAGUCAUAAAAUCCUUUGAUUCCAUUUUCAUGGACAUUUCAGCUGCACAACAUCCCUUACACAUUACAUAUUAAAGAAAGGUACUACAUUGAGCAGUUUCACAUCUCAAACUCUCCCUUGCUAUUUUAUACAGGGAAAUAUUCCUGCUGUCCAGUGACAUCUUGAAAAUUAAAUUUGGUCUUGUUCUUUCAAUUCUUUUGCACUGCAAAACUAAAAGUAAAUUUGAUGUACACCUUACAAGUGUUAAUGCUAUUCAUAAAGAAACUAUGCAGGCUUUACUACAGUAUGCCAGUAUUGGUUUUAUAUCAACUUGUUUUAAUGCAUUUUUGCUCCUAUUGUUAUACUGUAUAACAUAUAUUUGUGUAUGGUUUAUAACGUAUUGUAAUUUAUUAUCGCCAUAUACAUCCAGUUCACAAUCAUUUAUUUUGCUACACAGCCUUAAGAAUGUUUACAAGAUUCUUACUCAGACACUGUGUAGAAAUUCAAUUCCUUACAAACUGUAUUCUCACUACUCCCAAGUAAACUGUACUCAUUGUAGCUAGCCAUGCAUGGAUUUUAUUUAGUUUAAUAUUGAAAUGGUAAUAUAAAAUUAAUCAAAAGAAAUUCACAUUUUGUUUUGCCAUUAAUGUUGAAUUAAUAAAGCAGUCUUGUUGCAUAUAAACUUAAGUUUGACCGAUUUAUAAGUUUUUCAUUCAUAUUGUGUACCUUUUUUUUUUUUUUGUACAACUGUCAUGAAAAAUGAACUUAGAAUUUAACAAAAUGGAAACAAUAAAUGUUUUAUACAUGUAAA